AUGCAUCCAUACCCAGUUAAUGCAUCCUCCUCGUCGCCUCUUUCUGUUUAUUUGUUUGACACCAUGUCGGCAGCGGAAAAUUGCGACGUACUUUGGUCGCUCUCCACUGUUUCCAUUCACAUAUCUGAUAUUUCAAGUAGAAUCAAGGGGAAAUUGACACAAGCACAGAGCUUAUUUGGAAGAUGUGGUCAACUGAUCAAGAGAAAAGGGAAAAGAACAGAUGGAUCAGCCAUCGCCAGGUUCGGCAAGACCGAUGACAACCCCAAUGACGAUGCUCGAAAUGAGCACCAGAGCAGCUCCCAUCACAACCGCGUUCACAAUCACCUCGACCUGUUCGUCCUCAUCGAUCUCCAUCUGGAAGAGACUGGAUCACUGGUUGAAGGUGAGAAGGAAGUAGAACUGCAUCAAAGGAGUGUUUCCAUUUCCCGGUGGCGCUGCAGAAGAAAAGCUCGCGUAAAUCCCUCCAAUGGCGGCAACGGUCACUACCGGUUACCCGCCGACCGUUCGCCCGCCGGCCGUUCACCCUCUCUCCUCUUCCCGACAAGCCCUUCUUCAUCGGCCCUCCUCCUCGUGCUGUCCUCUUCGGCCUCCGAGAGACGAGCCCGCCCUCGCCUCCUCCAGGUUGCGCGUUUCGCUCCCGACGGUCGGACCGAGAAAGCGGGGAUUGGGUUUGCCUCUGGUGCUCUGCUCGCUCGAGGGUCAAUCCGAGACGGACCAGGCAUCGCCCCGAGUGAUUCGACCGCGCGUCUUCAUCUUAAUUUGGAACACCCGAGGAGAAGAUUGCUUGUACAAUUCACUUGUAAUGAAUGCGGUGAAAGAACACAAAGGCUUGUGAAUAAGUUAGCCUAUGAACGAGGUCUUAUAUUUGUACAGUGUGCUGGUUGUCCGCAUCACAAGUUAGUAGACAAUCUUGGCCUUGUAGUGGACUAUGACUUGCGAGAAGAAAUUGAGAUGGAGCAAUAAAGAUCAGACCUGUUAAAGUUCAAAAUGGCGAGUACCUCUCCAUGCUGUACUUACUCUUGUUGAAUUGACUGACUUUGUAAAGGUCUUGUUUUGAAUGAAAAAAGAAUUGGAAUUGUCCAAUAGUA